CCCAUUCAACCACUCGCCUCUCUGUUCCAGUGUGUUUACUACACUGCCGAGCAUAAGGGAGACACUCGUCUUCACAUGCACUGAACCCACUAAGAAAAACAGUUUUUAGUUGUAUUUUGUAAGAACACCUCCAAGAGAUCAACAUGCCCAAGAGAAAGUCACAGGGAACAGAAGGCGGAGAGAAGGAGGAGCCCCAGAGGAGAUCAGCUCGGUUAUCGGCGAAGCCCGCCCCACCUAAGCCGGAGCCGAAGGUGAAGAAGCCGGCAAAGAAAGAAAAGGCUGUGAACGAUAAGAAGGAGGACAAGAAGACCAAGAAAGCGAAGGAGAACGCCGAAGCAGAGGCGAACGAAGAAAACCACUCUGAGAACGGCGAGGCCAAGACCAACGAGGUGGAGGCAGCUCCCGAGGAGGCCAAGGAGGAGGCCAAGUCCGAGUAGCACCACUGCCCACGCUUCCUCCUCCUCUACAACCACCUCUCCUCAGAUCCCUCCCAACCAACCAGCCAGCCAGCCCUCCCCACCCCCAAGUCUCUCACGUGGUUUCCCUCCAAGGCGUAUUGUUAACAGAGGAAUAUUUUUAUCAAUGAUUUUAUAAGUAUCCGUACAGAUUUUUAGCACAAAAAGCAAAGCUGAUUAUGGAGCGCCUUGCAGAUUUGCAGUGGUCAUAUCAAGUGUCUGCAAGCAAGAUAAACACACUAAAAUCUUUUUUAAAUGGCAUUUCAUGAUUAUUGAAGGCUUGUUUGGUGUAGAAAGCGCAUCCCUGCCAGAUUGGCUAUGUCGUGAGUUGUGUAUUAGUGUGUUUUUUCCCCUCCUUUCCCCGCUCUGCCCCUCCCUCCCCUUUUCUUCCUCCACGGAUUAGACUCUCCUUCCCCGACAGUUCGGCCUUUAUCCAUGUUUUAUUAACGGUUCAGCCAUGUUAAUGUGGGUGAUUCUUUUAGACCUCUAAAUGUGCAGUGAGUUUCCCUUUGCUUCUGUCUCAUGGUCUCGUUUCCUUUCUCUCUCUCUCUUUCUCUCUCUCUCUAUUUUUUUCUUUUUUUUUUCAAAGAAAUUGUGUUUUAAACAAAACAAACAAACAAAAAAAAAAGCGUGUUUAAGCGUGUUGUCCAUAAGAAAGAGGAAGACGAACAUGUGAAACAUUCCGGGAACAGCCUCCAACCCGUCUCCUAGACGACCCUGCGUGUAAAACAGCUCCUGCUCCAUCCAGGCUGUGUCGGCGUCAGCUUUUCUAAACACUCUGUUUUUGGGUUUUCUUUCUUUAUUUUGUUUUCUUUAAAAAAAAAAAAAAAACAGUUGAAUUUGGAUCCCUCCUCUGACAAAUGCAGGUGUCUGGUCCCUCUCUUAUGUUCUGAAAUUCUCUUAAUAAAAAGAAGUCCUGGGAAUUUUCCUCGAA